AUGAUCACAACCAAAUUUACAUUGCAAAAUUAUGUUAGAUCUUGCACUUUGAUUUCUAAUAAUCAAAAUCCAAUACGUUUAAUGCUGAAUCCUAAUACAAAGUUUAAUGACAUAAUAAAAUUGAUUUAGAUAGUUUGGAGAUAAAAUGUUUAGUAAUUAAGACUCUUUUUGAUCGAUGGAACUGAAAUUGAAGAAAAAGAUUUAAUAAACAUAAAAAAAGGUACAAACCUGUAUGCUCAUUUAAAGAAUGAUGAUAAUGAGUUAAUUAAUUUAAAGUUAGAGUAUGACAUAAUAAAAAAGGUUGGAGAAGGUGGAUAAGGAAAGGUAUUUUUAGGAAAGCGUAAAGGAACACAAGAAUUAGUGGCUAUAAAGAAAAUAAGCUCUUCAACUUGGUAAAAUUAAGAUUUAGAGAGAUUAGAAUAGGAAUCUCUAAUCCUAAAAUAGUUAGAUCAUAAAAACAUAGUAAAAUUACAUGAUAAAGUUGUAUAUUCAAGUUAAAAACAAGUCUUAAUGAUAAUGGAAUAUUUAUAUGGAGGAUCUCUAUUAGCACAAGCAAAUUGUAAUAUUAUAUUGAAAUUGUAGCUUAAUUAUCUGAAGUUGAAGCUAAACAUUUCUGUAGAUAAGUUGUAGAUGCUAUUGCUUAUUGUCAUGAGAAAAGAAUUGUCCAUUGUGAUUUAAAAUUAGAAAAUAUAAUGCUUUAAUCUCUCUCUUGUAAAGAAGUAAUAAAUUUAUAAAUAUUUAAUUAGAUAAAAAUAAUUGAUUUUGGAGUUUCGAAUUAUGCUGGAUAACCUUUGAUAACAGAAAAUGUAGUUGGAACAUUAUCAUAUUUGGCUCCAGAAGUUCUAUCUCCUACAUAUAAAUAUAUUUAUCCACCAUAAGAUAUAUGGGCUGUUGGUUGUAUCAUAUAUGGAUUGGUUUUUGGUAAACUACCAUUUGAUGGCAGCAGUCCUUCAGAAACAUAUCGAAAUAUCCUUUAAUGUAAUUAUUAAAUUCCUAAAAAAAAUGUAUCUAAGGAACUUUUACACUUAUUGAGUAUAAUUUUUGUAAUCAGUCCAAAAGAAAGAGCAAAUAUAUUUGAUAUUUAAUCUCAUAAUUGGUUCAAAGAAAAUGCAAAGAUAUUUAAAUUAAAUUUAAGUGGAUGUAAUAUUCGUAUUGGAAGAUCUUCUAGUGUUGCAAAAAUGCACUCAUCACGUAAAUCAAAUGAUGAAGAUUAAAGAUUAGUUAUUAGUCAUAGGAAAAUUGUCUAAAGUAGAAGAUCUGUUACUAGACUUGAUAAAGUCUCAUUUUUAACAAAAAUUAAAUGA